UGGGAAGGUUUUGUGCAGAAGUCAAACCUGGUUAUCCAUCAGAGAACUCAGACAGGAGACAGAGCCUCUGCAUGUGGAGAAUGUGAAAAGACCUUCUGCAGUGAGUCUCAGCUUGGGGUUCACCAGCAAACUCAGACAGGAGAAAAAUCGUAUGAGUGCAAGGAGUGUGGGAAAGGCUUCAGUAAAAACUCACAUCUCCUGACACAUCGGAGAAUUCUUGUAGGACAGAAGCCCUAUGAAUGCAGUGAGUGUGGAAAAGCUUUCAUACGAAAGGCAGUGCUUAUUGUCCAUCAGAGAACACAUACGGGAGAGAAACCCUUCAUAUGUCUCGAAUGCCAGAACGCCUUUAGCAGCAUGGCAAUGCUCAGUAGACAUCAGCUGAUUCAUACAGGAGAGAAACCCCAUGGAUGCAAUGAAUGUGGAAAAGCUUUCCGCCAAAAAAGCCAUCUUAUUAUCCAUCAACAGUGCCACACUGGAGAGAAACCCUAUGGGUGUGUUCCAUGCUGUCAGAUUUUCAACCAGAAGUCACAGCUCAUUAGACAUCAGAGACGCCACACAGGAGAGAAACCCUAUCAGUGCACUCAGUGUGGGAAAGCCUUUUUUGAGAAAUCGUACCUCAGUGUUCAUCAGAGAAGUCAUGUGGGACAGAAACCUUAUCAGUGUAAUGAAUGUGGGAAAACAUUCUCUGUCAAGUUCUCUCUCACUUCACACGAGGAAAUUCACACAGGAAAGAAACCUUGGGAACACAGUGGUGAAAAGGCUGUAGUGAAGGGCCAGAUCUCACUGAAUACAAAAGAAUCCACACAAGGGACGCCCUAUGAAUGCAGAGAACAUUGGGGUACUUUCAGUCUUUGUCAGUUUCAGUAAACUUAUCCAGGAGAGACCUUUUAAAUGCAGGAUGGAAUGUGGGAAAACCAUCUACCACCAGUGUAGCCUACUUUUAUUAAGGAAAGGCAUACAACUUGACAAUAAACUAUAAGUAAAUAAAUAAAUCAGGAAAUGAGGUAAAAGGUCAACAUCUUUUCUCAAGAGGUGAAAAUCCCAUUAUACAUCAUACAGAAAUAGAACCUGUCUGCAACAGAUGUGUUUGAUGGGUCAUAAUAUAAUAGUUUUCACUGAGGAAAUAAGCAAACUCAUAAAUGUUGUGAAUCCUGGAACACCUCCCAAACAAAUGAGCUUUCCUACCAAAGACAAUAGAUGACUGAAGACUUGUGAUAAGAGAUGCCUCUGGCAUGAAGUCCAAAAGUUACUGUGCAUCAGAUAAUACUUGUUAAGGAGAACUAGUGUAAAGCCAGGACAAGUUGCUUACAUAUAAACUUUAUAAUAAUAAUUCUGUUCCAGGCACAUUACCACUUAUUUGUAGAGAAUAUAACAUGAAGUAGUCAAGAAGAGGAAAUAACCAGUAUGCCAAAGGACACUUCGUUUCAUGUUUGAAAAUAUGGAAUAGUCAAAGCAAUAAAUUAAAAAGGGUCCAGGAUAUCUGUAUUUGAUUUUGUGUCUAGAGUAUUUUUGUAGCACAUGUAUGUAAUGAGUUUCAGGUUCCAUAAGAUCAUGAAAGAAAAUUGUAUGCCAUAAAAUUCUUGUUGAUAUGUAGUAUCCAUCAAGAAAUGCCAACAGUGUAAAUUUUUGUAUGUCUUACAAUUUGCAAGAGAACUAAUUACGCUUAAAACUAAACAAGACUUUUAAGAAAAAACUGCUGACUGGUAUAGGUAAAUAGACCUGGUAAUACUUUUUACCCCUUUUGGAUAAUACAUUUUUUACAACAAAUUGUC